AUGCCCCCAAAGCAACAACUACCAUGCCCUCAUGACAAAAUAACAUAUACCCCUUCCCCACACGCCAGACAGGUAAACUACUACCAACCCUCAAAACAAGAACGGCAAAAUGCCACGAAACUAGCACCAUCCUCGUCAUCAUCAGCAUCAGCAUCAAAACGCAAAUCGUCAGUGCUAGCACCACCUACACGAACUGAUUUAGAGAAUUUUCCUGGCCCGCUCGUCCUCCCAGGAGACGAUCUGGCGUUUGACCCGGAGUACCCCCCGCAAUCAUUCCAGGAGUGGCUCGACGAGGAGGAGCGCAAUCCUGUCACCCCACGGAGGAAAACAAUUUACUUUGUUGAGGCUCCUGGUGUGGAUAGCCGGGUUAGCGAGGUUGAGGCCUGGACGAGGCCAAAUGUACCUGACCUGGAUUCGCAUUCUGCGGGAGCGGUAGCACCGCCAGCAUCAGAGGAUGUAACCGACUAUUUAGCGGCAUUCUUCCACGGUCUAUCGGUGAAACAUCUCAAUAUGCCCAAGGGCAGGUGGAACUUCACCCCGUGGAUAGAUAAUGAGGACGAGGACACGCCUCCAACCAAAAAGCCUAAACGCACACCUACACUUAAACACAUCGGCCUCACAACGCCCACAGAACAAAUCCGGAUUCGCACGCGUACUUGCCCAGACGGGCUCUAUAGCAGACAGCUUAACCUGGACGACCUGCUAGACGUGGCCAUUGCAAUCCUGCCCAAGGAUGCAUACGCGCUGUGUAUGGUUGUGAACCACGACCUGUACGAAGACGACGAGGACAGUUUUGUCUGCGGGCGCGCGUAUGGCGGGAGCCGGGUUGCUGUUGUUUCGGCGGCGAGGUAUAAUCCGGUGAUUGAUGGGGUGCAGGGGGUUGAGAGGGGGCAUGCGUGGCCUGGAUCGCAUUGUGGGGGGUUUGUUGAGGAUGUUUGUAGGGAAUGGGAUUGUGGUGAUAGGAGGAAGAAGAAGAAGAAUAAGGCAAAGGGAAAGGGUUCUAGUAAUGAACCUGAACCUGCUGCCACUGUGUCCUUGAAACGAGAAGGACCGCUUGAACACGCAAUGCACGUCCUCAGACAAGCUCAACCGCAAUCUCACUCUGUACAGAUGGCCGGUGAUAGCGAGUCGCAGUGGCAGUCGGCGCUCUGGCUCUGGCGUAUAAUCCGCACGACGAGCCACGAGCUCUGCCACUGUCUCGGCAUCGACCACUGUGUGUACUAUGCCUGUAUAAUGCAGGGCAGUGCCUCGUUAUCCGAGGACACGCGGCAGCCGCCGUAUCUGUGUCCGGUGGAUUUGGCGAAGGUGCUGUGUGCGACGGGGUCUGGGGUUGAGGAGAGGGAUAGGGCGUUGCUGAGGUAUUGUGAGCAGAAGAUGCAAGAGUUUGUGUAUUCAAGGGCGUUUGCGGCGUGGUUGAGGGCGUCUUUAGGGAGCGGGAAUGGGGUCAAGGGCAAUCAGGAGGUGAUUGUUAUUGAUGAUUGA